CCGUCGGUGGCGAUGGAUCUGAUGAUGCGACUCAAGGGGGGCCAGGCAUUCAAAGCCAUCUCGGACGAGUUCCACGCCCGGGAGCAGAUGUUGGGUCAGGACGGACUGCCGCUGGCCGACUUUGUCGAGAUCAUGCUGAAGGGCCUUCCCAAGGCCAAAUCUGGCGCUGACGCGUACGACACGAUCAGUGGCCUCAUCGACUUGUUCAACGACAUCGACAUCAACGGCGACGGCACGCUCGAGCUGAGCGAGUUCACGUCGUACUGUGUGGACGCAGGGAUGGUGGCCACGCGGGUCAAGGUGGCGCCGCUCAAGUACCAGUACAUCAAGAACAAGGAGUUCGUGGACAGGACGACCGAGGGCAGCGGCAUCGAGAAGAUCAAGUGGUGCCCGGUGCUCAAGCGAGCGCUGGUGGUGGAAACCAAGGCCAACAGCGUCAAGAUCUACACCUCCGACUUCAAGCAGUUCCACCAAGUGUUUGCCACGUCUGUCAACCUCCCGAGCGCGCAAGUCGCAGACCUCGACGACUUUUCGCGGCAGACAGCGUUCACGACCGACGCCGAUCUGUUGGUGCAGGACGCCGAGUUUAUCACGCAGUGCAAACUGCUCGUGAUCGCCACGUCCAACUUGACGCUGGCGUUCUACGACGUGGACCAUUACUCGUGUGCGAUGGAGACGCAGACAACCGUGUCGCAGACGAUGCUGCGGUGGUGUGGCGGCGCCAGUGUGCUCGCGACCACGGGCAACAAUCACGUGGUGUCGCUUUGGCGGGUCGCGGCGGACAAGGUGUGUCUGGUCAAGACGCUGGCAGCGCACCACGAUGUGGUCCUGGAUGUGCUUCCGAUACGUGAGUACGAUGUCAUCCUCACAUGCGACAUCAAGCGGCACAUUUACAUGUGGGACAUCCAGGACUUCCGGUCCCGCGGCCAUCUCGUGGGGCACACGCACGGCGUCCGGCAGAUGGUCUUUUCGUCUGUGAACGACAUGCUGCUCACAGCCGGCUUCGACUUUGAUGCGUUCGGAUGGGAUGUCUCGUCCAAGCAGGUAGUGAUGACCCUCAGCGGCCACCGUGCGCCGCUCGUGGGCAUCCAACUCGCCCGCUUUCACACGGAGCGAGCCGUGACCGCCGACGUGGACGGGCACUUCAAAGUGUGGAACAUCCACCGCCUCAACGGGUCCUCGGCGCAGCUUCUGGAAACCAUCUCCAACGUCACGCGGUUCUGUCCGCGGUCGUUUGUGACGCUGUCCCCUCGACGAGACAUCGUCGCAGGCAGCAGCGUGCUGCACAUGUUUGAAAGCAUCAAGAUCCAAAAGCACGACGAAAUCCCCCUUCGGGCGUUCUACCACCACGGAAGCAAUCUGUUCAUUGGCGUCACGGAAACAUGCGUCAACUUGUGGGAUGGCACCACGGGCGCCCUCUUGGAAGAGUUUACAGGGCUUACAAAGAGUCAGUUCUUGCUGUGCUGUCAAGAUGCACUCAAUAGAAAGCUCAUUGUGGCCACGGAGGAUGGACAAGUCGAAGUGUACAACUGCACCAACCUCGCCCGCGUUCGGAAAUCUACGGGCAACAUUGGUCGCAUCGCGGCUAUCCAGUACGAUUCCAUCAACAAGCUGAUCGUCGUGAGCACGUUUCCGUCCACACGAGACCGCGACGACGACGAGUACGGCACUGGGGGCAUCUACGUGUUUGACGAUAGCACCAUCGGCGAGUGCGACUUGCUGCGGUCGCUCACAAACGUCCCGGUUGAAACGUCUAGCUUUAGCUACAACGCGUCGCUCGUCGCGACGGUCGCGUCCGACGCCGCCGUCCACUUGUGGGACUUUGAGACGCUGCAGUUGCGCUGUGUGUGUACGCACCCGACGUCGUUGGGGCUCCAUGUGGUCGCAUUCUGGGAUCCGUAUCCGGUCUUGGUGGCGGCAGACAACGCGGGGAACGUCUUGUUCUUCCCCACGGCGUCGUCCCAGAGCUCUCGUCCGGACGGCGGCGUCUUGCACUGCCUCGCCAAUGCCCACGUGGCAGCAACACAAGGCGAGGCCAGCGAGGAGUGCAGCGUGGUGACGACGCUGAAUUGUCACUACGACGACGACGCUGGCACACACAUGCUGGUCACUGGGGACGAGCGCGGCGUGAUUUCUAUUUGGAGCCUCAACGACAUGCUAGGGAGACUGCAGUUGGCAGCCAUCCCAGACACCCAGCUAAAGAGCUUGAGACGGGGGUAUCAUUCCCGAGGCAAAUUUCACCGAGUGUAUGAACCCGAUAAAACCAAAACGUUCCUCACGUCAAGUCGCCCCCACCCUCGCACGACAUCGGCACGAACCACCCAGCCCCCCUCUUGCCAGCCCUGUGACAUCCGUCGCAUGUACUCGUGGGUCGCACACACGGACUCGAUCCACAGCAUCCAACUCUGCGAGCACCCGAACCUGAUUCUCUCGACUUCAUUCGACGCAACCAUCUUCUUAUGGGAUUGGAAAGGCACGAACUUGGGUUCGUUGACGAAUUUCGAGCACAACAUCGUCGUGGCCCAGCCACCGUGGAAGUUUGCCAAAGAAAACCAAAAACGUGAGCGUGAGCGGCGGGACGUGGUCGAAGAGCUCAUGAAAAAGAUGGACCUGUCGCCCGACGAGAGGAAGCUGCAAGACAUCCAGCGCCGCAAGUCCCGCCGGCCCGUCGCGGGCCAUGCCAUCAACCCCGUGCUCCAAGACUUGAUGGACGACAACACCCGACUGCAGCACGCCCCGCCGCCGCCGCACAAAAGUCGAAAGCGGAUGGACCCUGCCGCCGCCCACGCCAACGGACGACAAUUGAGUUUGGUGCAAGUGGGGCCGUUGAUAGCACACCGCGCGAUGGCACGCAGUGCGAGCCCAGCGACGGACGACUCGCCAAACAGCGAAGACACGAUCGACAUGGACACCAAAGUCGAGUUGAAGUCGGGCGUCCAGUCGUUGCAUGCGCGACUGGAGAUGCACCAGAACCACGAGAAUUUGGUCCAAACCUCGACGAGAAUGUAUGUGAAUUACAUGGGCAUUCAGCACGACAAGAGCCACAAGUCGUCGCGCGUUCGCUGCGGCAAACUGAGAGACGUGGACGUCCACCCGUCGCCGUUUCUAAGGGAAAAGCUCGGCGCGGCGGACGUUGUGACGAUGAAUCAUUCGGUGUUCACACAACGACCCAACACGGCGCCGGCGCUAAAGGCGACCUCCCACUGCUUGCCGCCUUGCAUGUCCAAGCACCGCCACCCGCCUGGCGCGUCCGCGCGAGAUGCAGGGAAGGUUCCGAAAUCCACGAAGUCCAUGUCGGCGCUUCUUCACUUGGAUGACGAUCCUCCAGCGGCGGCUGGCGUGUCGCCGUCCGCGUCGACGGGCAAGCUCAAGAAAAUCAACGACAUUAUCUUGUGUGCCACGACGUGUGCUGAGAGCGAGGAUGGUGGGGACAAGACGGGUAUGGUAUUCUUGUGCAACCAACAACAGGAGCUACGGCAGCGGAUGGCGGCGACGCAGAUCAAACACGACCAACUGGUGGCCCCCCAUGCCACCCGAGGGACCAAGCGGGAGGCCAACCACCUGCGCACAACGCAGCAACUUGUAGAGAAACAAAAACGAGCGAGUCGGUAUUUGGCGCAAAAGAAGCGCCACGCGUCGGCCAAGAUUGGGAGUGUGCUGCGGCAUACGUCCAUGAUGAUGAUGCCCACGAGUCACGAAGCAGCAACUGUGGUCAACCUCCAGCCCCGUUUUGGCAUGUACUCGAUCAAGGAAGUGAUGGUGAUCAUCCGCCUCUUCUGGUCCCUCGACGUCGACUGCUCGGGCACCGUGAGCGAAAGCGAGCUCAUGGGGUGCCAGCAGUACUUUGAGAAGCUGGGCAUCACAGACAUGUCGACCAUGUUUCGAAGCCUCGACUCGGACGGCACCGGCGAAGUCUCGCUCGGGGAUCUGCUCAAGAUCUGCUUUUUGUACGCUAGCGCCACCGACAUUAAGGACAUGCUCACGCUCGAGAAGCUCGGGCGCGCGCCGGCCAUGUUGGCAACCGACGCGCCGCUGACGCCCGAGCAGAUCGCAGACAUGCACGCCAUAUUUGAAGUGUUUGAUCGGGAUCACAGCGGAACCGUGAGCUUGGACGAAGUGCUGGACGCUGUGCAGUGCAAGCAGGACAACAGUUACGACCCCCCGGCGCUGUCCAUGGAUGAAAUCCGAAAAAUAUACCAAGCCAAAGACCGACAUGGCAAGAAAGAGCUCGACUUUAGCGACUUUAUGGCUUUGUUACAAGGCGUAUACUACUCGAACAAUCGCAAUAAAUAAAGGAAAAACCCAUUAUACUCGAACGACGUCGCACAGUUGCACCAUGAGUCCGUGUUGCGGAGCACAGGUAAAGUACUCGACGCCUUUGAUCGUGCCGUUGUUCUUGCCCACAGCUUCGUCAAACACGAUGCCAACCAUGUCACCUUUGCAGUAGUGGACGUUCCCCACAAAAGCCACCGUGCCCUGCCUAGACAUAGCCACCACCACUUUGUCUCCGAUUUGAAUUGCUGCUGUUGGCGAAGUGGACGGAGCGUCGUCGGUCGCAUCGCCGCUCUCAUCCGACUCGUUGGUUGUGGUUGUUGUUGCCGUCUGGGCUGCCUUGUGCGUAUACCCAGCCUUCCUGCGACCUACUCGGUCUGAGAUAUGAGAAACUAGAGUCUUCUACAUCCAGAAGUAGAGUACUAC